UAUCGAUACCGCAAGCACGUUUCGCGUUUGUUUUGAUUCAAUAAAAUUCAGCUAACAUGGCAAAAACCAAGAAAAAUAUACGCGCCAAGGCCAAAGGAGCUGUGGGCGUGGCCAAGCAAAAGGCCCAGGAUGUGCAGGCGCAACUGAACAAGUCCGAGCGACUGCUGCACAAGACCCUCACGCCCAAGAAGACUACAACGAAGAAGGAAAAAUCUGCGCUCAAGCAUAAGAAGCUAUUGCAGCGCUUCGCCGACUCCCGGAAAGAGCGCAAAAAGGACCAGUCCGGCAAGAAGGGCGAAAAGAAAACCGUCGUUGGGGAUCUGAAGCCGCUGCGCGAUGCCCUGCCCUCGCUCUCGGAUCUCUACAAGCUGGUGAAGAGCAAGUCGAAGGAUGCACCCGAGCUGAAGGCGCUCACCGAGCCCGAGGCACAGCUAAGUGUCAAGCAGAAGAUCAAACAGAAGCGCGCUGACAUGGUGAAUCGUGUAAAGUCCUUUGAGAAGCUCGUCAAGGACAAGAACUUCAAACAGAAUCCACGCAGCGUGAUCGGAUCCCUAGUGCGCAACAAGUACCAAACAAUGGAGGAAGACGAAUAAUAGACUGGACCGGAAUACGGAGUGCCCACCGGAGUGCCUGAAAGUCCCAGAGGAAAGAAAUGCCUUGCACUUUGAUUUAUUUAUUAAUUAAGAAUUAUAAUUAAUGUAUAUGCAUUAGGUAUAGUUUUAUCAUUUAUUAUUAACGACAAUGCAUAUCAUAUAAAUAUUACACAUACGAAUGUAAGUUUGUAAGCAUUUAAACGUAGACGGUCAACAAAACGCGAUUAGAAUUAGACAAGAUUGAAUGUGUGUGUUGUGUUCUGUAGUGUAGUGUAGUCUGGGUUCCGUUCCACUCGCAUGGAGUACGUUACUUCGGGGCUAUGCUAGGUCUAGAGCUUACAUUACAUCAAAGAAUGGUUACUGCAUACGACACAUGCUCGUAAAUCUGUUUAGCUUGGUGUUUCUUUUUGUUUUAGUCUUCUUACAGUGCUACAUCUACUUUAUGGUUACUUGUUUUGUUAGCGGGUGUGUGCUGGCUGGCUCCUUUCUGUGAGAUCAUUAAACGCUAGUCAAAAACACACCAACAAUCAAUCCUAUUCGCAUUCUCUCCUCGCCUGCACAUACAAAAAUAACAGUUAUUCGUAUUGAAAGCGUCUUACCCAAAAAAGUGGCCUCCUCUUCAUGUUUACAAAAAUUUUGAAAGCAGUUUCUGGACAAAUAUUGAUAC